AUGCCUCCAAUAAUUUAUAAGAGUCCAUUGCCUGUUCGACUAAAAGCACCCAAGGGAAGAAUAACACCGCUUAAUGAGCCAGAUAUAAAAAUCGGGAAAUCACUUAUAGCGGCAUGCCCAAAAAGGAUAAGGGGCGAAAAAUUAGAAGAAAUGAAACAAAUUAUACGUAAAUAUUUAGGAAAAAAAAAAGAAUAUUUUAUUAAUGUCCAUGCUACAUAUAGUGUAACGAAAAAACCAGAUGGAACGAAAAUGGGACAGGGGAAAGGAUUAAUUGACUAUUUUGUUGCUAGAGUACCAUCAGGAAAAGCUAUUUUUCAUAUACCAACAAUUAGCCCAUUUGUUUCCUUAGGCUUUGAUGACUCGGUUUAUAAAGUUUUAAAAAAGGCUGCAGCUAAAGUAGCUAUCCCAUGCAUUUUUAGAUCACAAAAUAAUAUAUUCAAAGUGAAUAAUAUUAAAUAUAUUUCUCAAAAUAAAGUUAAAAAUGAUCAAAUGAAGCAAUUCAAUCAAUAUAGAAAUAAAUUAUUUCAAAAGGAUGACGAUCAAAGUCCAUAA